GGUCUCUGCCGCCCGCGCGGGGCUGGCGGCCACCUGCGCCUCUCCCCGAGGCCGCGGGGCGAAGAUGGCGCUGAGGCCUUCGCCCUGCGGGCGGCGGCGAUCGCCGUUACGCGCGCUGUGCGGCCGUGGGUGGGCUCGGCAGCCCGCUCCUUCCCGGCCGAUGCGGCGCUUCUGCCCCGCCCGCUUUCGUUCUGCUUCAUUGGCUGUGUCCAAACGCGUGUGAUGAGCAGAGCGGAAAGUGGCGGUCAGCAGUCUUUCAGCUGCGAGAGUGAUCCAUACUACACCACGCUGGAUUUUAGCCAAAAGCCUGAGAAGUGAUCCUUUGUGGUCAAAAGUGGAUGAAAAGUCCUUCCAGCAGCAAUUGGAAAUUUGCUUUCUCCACUUAUGGAUGAUUCUCCUGCUCCCUUCCUCCCAUUCCCAAAUCACAGCAAUAAUAGGUAUUAAGUCUUAAAAGAGAUACUUGUUUUCAGGAAGUGCUAUGGAAGACGUGAAAAAAGUUGGUAACAGCUCUUGCAACGAUGUUCUACUUAGAAUGGGCCUCAAUGAUAACAAAGCUGGAAUGCAAGGUUUGGAUAAAGAAAAAAUCAAUAAAAUCAUCAUGGAAGCUACCAAGGGUUCUAGAUUUUAUGAAAAUGAAGUUAAAAAAGAUCAGCAAGUUAACCAACGAAUUGAAAAAAUGAUGCAGCUAAAAGAGAAAAUUACAACACAACAGCUCUUGAAAGCACAGCUGCAGGUGGACAAACUUGUGAUAGAACUGGAACAGAGCCGUAACCUUAGCAAUACAAUUGUACACAUUGACAUGGAUGCCUUCUAUGCAGCUGUGGAAAUGAGAGACAAUCCAGAGCUGAAGGAAAAGCCAAUAGCAGUGGGAUCAAUGAGUAUGUUGUCCACCUCCAAUUACCACGCUAGGAGAUUUGGUGUACGUGCAGCCAUGCCUGGAUUUAUUGCUAAAAAGCUAUGUCCACAUCUAACUAUAGUACCAUUAAACUUUGAAAAAUACAGCAAAGUGAGUAAAGAGGUUAGAGAAAUACUGACCGAAUAUGAUCCCAAUUUUAUGCCAAUGGGCUUAGAUGAAGCCUACCUGAACAUAACAGAGCACUUGGAGGAAAGACUGAACUGGCCUGAGGAUAAGAGAAGAUUCUUUUUUAAUUCAGAAAGCACUACAGAAAAAGAUAAAGAUGAUAUAAAUAUGUCUGCCAAAUUUAAUGAAGAUGGAUACUCUUCUUCACCGGUACUGUUUGAAGACAACACACCUCUGAUGGAUGACCACCCUGAACGACGAGAUCAGUCAGUGGAAAAUUCGAUCAUCUUUGGGACUUCUGCAGAGGAGGUUGUGAAGGAAAUUCGCUUUAGGAUUGAGCAGAAAACUCAGCUGACUGCUAGUGCAGGAAUAGCGCCGAAUACAAUGUUAGCAAAAAUGUGCAGUGAUUGUAAUAAACCUAAUGGGCAAUGCAGAAUUGCUCCUGAGAGACAAGCCGUGCUAGACUUCCUAAAAGAUUUGCCCAUUAGAAAGGUGCCAGGUAUAGGAAAAGUAACUGAGAAGAUGUUAAAAGCCCUUGGAAUUGUGACUUGCUCAGAGCUUUACCAGCAGAGGGCACUGCUUUCUCUUCUGUUUUCAGAAGCAUCUUGGCGUAAUUUCUUGGAUAUUUCCCUUGGUUUGGGUUCAACACAUUUGGAAAAGGAUGGAGAAAGAAAAAGUAUGAGCACUGAAAGAACAUUCAGUGAAAUAAACACAGCAGAAGACCAGUACAGCUUGUGUCGAGAACUCUGCAGAGACCUUGCUCAAGAGCUACAGAAAGAGGGUCUUAAGGGUAAAACUGUUACAUUGAAGCUAAAGAAUGUGAACUUUGAAGUUAAAACAAGAGCUUCAACUGUGCUGUCUGCUGUUUCUACUGAGGAGGAAAUAUUUGCUGUUGCUAAAGACUUACUGGGAACAGAAAUUGAUAGUGUUGGUCCUCACCCUUUACGGAUAAGACUUAUGGGUGUAAGAGUAUCAGGAUUUCUAAGUGAAGAAGAGAGGAAGUACCAACAAAAAAGCAUUAUGAGUUUCCUAAAAUCAGGAAAAGAAACUGGUUUUCUUAGGCUUCAGCCAGGGAAGUCCAACCAAGAAUAUUUCACAAAAAAUUCAGAAGCAUCUUCCAGAGGGAGUUUUUUUGAUAAAAAGCGAGCUGCAAGGCAACUAAACAGUGAGAGUCUUUCUCCAAAUGAAACUGUAGGUGAGCAGGUCUUUCAUGAUAGGAAAUCGUCAGCAAAUUUUGUGGAAGAAACAAAGAAAGUCACAGACUUAGAAAAUUCUAAUGUGCAUAAGAUCUUCACCUGCCCUGUUUGCUUUGAGGAGCAAAGAAGCAAUAAUUUGGAAGAACUUAAUAGGCAUAUUGAUGAUUGCCUCAAUGGAACUCUUGUUAAAGAUACCAUGGAAAUACCCAAGAAUGGCAAUUUAAGAGAAAAUACAAUUAACUUUUUUCCAAAAUUUAAAAAUGAAAAUGUCGAUGAGUGUCAAAAAAAUAAAAAAGACCAUUUAGCAGGAACAGACCAGUGUGCAAGUACAUCUGACAACUGUAGUAGCAACAGCACAGAAAAAUUCACUCAGAUAAUAUCUGAUAAACUUCACAGAGAAAGACAGCCCAGCAAUCUCAGUGAUCUUGCUAGAAACGUGUGUAUGAAACAGUGUCUGUUCCCCAAAAGAGGUUCACAAGACAAUGAAGACUAUUUUGAAAAGACUGAACAUAGAGAAGAAACUAGCUCAUCCUGUCUCUUUGAAGCCAAAGAAGACAGUGUUCUUGUUUGUCCAGUUUGUAAUUCAGAACAGAAAACCACCAGUCUUGUGUCAUUUAACAGACAUGUGGAUGUUUGUUUAAAUAGAGGUCUUAUCCAGGAGCUGACAGAAAAGAAAGAUUAUCCUACUCAGACUUAUCAUAUGGAAAACUCAAACAGAGUGGGAGGUUUAAGCAGAGGACAGCAAUGCACAAAUCCAUCACAAGGAACAAAAAGGUCUGGACUAACAACUUCACAGUCAGUAUCAAAAAAGGCCAAGUCAAGCAAUUCCAAGCAUACAAUCGAAAUGUUUUUUAAAUGACUGUGUAGCAACAUAUUCUAUAUGAAGUAUUUCAUAGUGUUUUAUGACUGCAAAUUAAUUUAGCAUUGGUGGUAGACUGGAUUCAGGUGCCUGUCACUUUGGAGCCAUUGCAUGCCUGUUUAAAGAGAACAUGAUGUUUGAGGUAGAAGAAGAGGUACAACUGAGGUAAUUUUUUUUUCCCAAGAAUAAUACUUUUUUUUCCAGUUGUUUCUGAGAAUCAAAAUUCACUAGCACUUCGACUUUGUUUAUAUGGAACAUGUGGAACUUUGUUACAGUCAGGAGCAGCCUCAUGAACUCUCUGCUGUUCAACAAGCAGAACAGGGGGAUUAGAGCUGCCAUUGAGCAAGCCUCCCUAGAAAGCAGGAAUCAUUAGCUAGAGUGCCACGCUGUGCUUACUGAAGGCCCUCUUCCCACACCUGACUUGCCGACUUCUCUGUGUUGGUUUUAUUGGCCAUGGUAGCCAUAGCAGCUCAGGCUGACACUUCCUUGGACAAUUCAACACCAAAUUUAAUUGUGGUAUUAGCUGUGUGAUAACAAGGAAGAGGCGAGUUGCUUGAUUUCAGCUUGUGAAUGUCUGUCUUCUCAACAGACACAAAAAUUGAUUGUCCUUGCAGUUUCAAAGGAAAAGAGCAAGACUUUAGAGCAAAGUCAAGCUUUCACUGUUGCUGAAAAUGACUUCAGUAAGAGUUGAUGGGCCAGCCCUGCAGGACUCGUGAUCUGAUACAGGUUGACUUCACUGAUUUAAAAAAUGUUAACAAACCUAUUGAUGAGAGAAGGAUUCUUCCAGAUUGGUCAGACAAAUGUUGUUUGAUCCUUGGCCUUUCCAAAGAGACUGAGAACUUCAAUUUUCUUCACAAUUGUGAAAUUCUUACCAAUCAGUAGCACUAAAUUUACUCUAAAUGAAAGGUUUGUGGUGCAAUAAUAAUGUGAAUGAUGUGCAAAUAUGCAAGAUGCUGAACCUUUUUUAUUGUUUACCUAUCUGACUCUUUAAAAUUACUUUGUAUUUCUGAAUAAACAAUAUUUUAUGAGUGCAUACGUGGGAGGAGGAAGUUGUAAAGUGCAAAUAUUUAAAAUACUCUGUUUAGAUUUUUUCUGUUCACACCAAACUGCUUAAAUGUAGACAUUUUAUUAUAAUUAAAUAUUUAUCAGCAAAGAA